AGGACUAAAAAAAAGUUGUCGAGUGAACGGACUGAAAGAGAGAAAAAAAAAACCCACACACAACCCUUCCCACUCCUAAAAUCACCGGGAGUGACUGUGACAGGAGGAAGGGGACAAAGUGAGAGAGAAAGCUGAAGAAGCCCUCGCAGGACUUCAUCACAUUUCUUUCAGGACUGCUCGGACCGAGACGGACCAUAAACCGAUCACUAAACCUGGACUGAUAUUCUAUUGCGGUGAUUAAUCGCGGAGUGAGAACUUCUGUAGGAGACUCUUGGAGGAGCAUGCGGCUCGGUUUACUAUUCAGGCUCUAUGUGCUGUGGGGCUUUGUGGUGGUCACGACCUCCGUGACCAAGGCUGCCAAGAGAAAGGUGGCUGGCAGACAGUCCCGACAGGUGUUUGAGGCGGAGCCUGUGGAGGGGGUGUGGUCUGACUGGGCAGAGUGGUCUGGCUGCUCUCAGACAUGCGGGGUGGGCAUAUCCCAGAGGAGCAGGACGUGUUUACCUCCUCCACCUCAACACAACCCUCCGCUCUCCCACUCUCCACCUAACUGGGCAGGCUAUUUGCCCGGGGGCCUCGGUGGUCCAGUCAUCUCACCUGUGCACCCCUACUACCCUCCUCGUUACCCAGGGCAACGACAGCCUUAUCACGCCCCGUCGAUCCCCACCAAUCAAAACCCAGGACUGUCUCUGUAUCGGAAUACCAAUGGAGCAGCAGGAGGAGAAGGAGCAGGAGUAGGAGGAAGAGGAGGAGAAGGAGGAGGAGGAGGAGCUCCUGUACCAGGUCGGGCCAAUCCAAACCCUCCUUUUUACCAGCCAGAAUUCUCUCCAACCAAUCAAGAGCAUGUUUCAGUUUACCGAUCGCCGUACCACGCUCCAUCACAGGGCUACAACCAACCAGCACGCACCAUCAGGAGGCCGACCAAUACAGCGAGGGCUGUAGGGAGCAGAAGGUCUGUCGCUAAUCGGGAGGGUUUAACCUCGAGGAGAUCUUCUGCGAUCCGUCCAGGUCAGUUUGGGUACGGCAGGGUCCCGUUCUCUCUUCCUCUGCAUCGUCAAAACCGGCAGGCUCGCCACACUGUUAACGGCACCGAUGUUGAAGCAACACCUGGGCUCAAUGAAGAUGAGGCAGAAAAUAACAAAAAAGAGGAAGAGGAGACUGGGAGUGAUAGAGAAGAUAGGCAGGCGGGGAGGCGUCAGGAGGAGGAGGGCACAAAGGCGCUUGCGGUGGAGGAGUUUCCCACAAAGACCACAACUGGUCACCCACACCGCCACGUUAACAGACCGCCACAAACCAAUACAGAGCACAGAAGGGCAAGAGUCCCACCCCCCUAUCCCUUUUCUCGCUCUUCAUCACCAUCUCUGAUUCCCAACCGCCAACGCUUCGAUUGGCUCUCCGUCACCGCGCCUCCUCCUCCCAUCCCUCCUCUCUCUCGCCCAAAUUCCCAUGCGGUUGCCCCACCUUUUUCCCCUCCUCUCCACCGCUCCAGCUCCAUUCACCGAGACAGGGAGCUCCACCCAGGUUUCCCACCCACAGGCGACGUCUACCCACUUCAGCACCCCCACAUCCCACACAUGGGGGGGGAGUUGGGCAGGGAUGGAGGAAGAGGAGCUCAGGUGUUCAGGUGCUCUGGGCCAGAGAAGGAGUACCGCAGGUGCUUCUCGCAGGUGUGUGGAGGAGGUGCGUUGGACUCCAGAGCAGAGCAGUGUGCAGCCUUUAACACUCAGGAGUUCAUGGGUCGCCUCUACAACUGGGAACCUUUCACAGAGGUUGGUGCGGACAAACAGUGCGAGCUGACAUGCAGACCUGCUGGCUAUCGGUUCUAUGUCCGCCAGGCCGAGCGCGUCAGAGACGGGACCCCCUGCUUCAACGUCAGCACCAACGACAUUUGUGUAGAGGGACGAUGUCUGACCGAGGGUUGCAAUGGGGUGCUGGGCUCCGGCUCUGUGAUUGACAAGUGCGGAGUGUGUGGUGGGCGGGAGAGCUCCUGUCGAAAGGUGACGGGAAGCUUCCAAAAUGUCACGGUUCCCCUUGGUUACCACAAGAUCCUGGACAUCCCGCCAGGAGCUACAUUCAUUAACAUCACAGAGAGACGCACCAGCCCUAAUUACCUGGCCAUGAGGAGUGGCACGGGGGCUUCAGUGGUGAACGGGCGCUGGGCUGUGGACCCUCCAGGGGAGUACCAGGCAGGAGGGACCACCUUCACUUACACCCGACCUAGAGCACAGGCAGAGGGGGAGGAAGAGAAAGGCGAGUCCCUCGGGGCUCCAGGACCCACCACCACACAGCUAGAGCUAUAUAUCAUUUUCCACAAGGAGAACCCAGGCAUCGAUUACGAGUUUUAUAUUCCUGUGGAGAACAAGGAGGUGGAGAGGGAAAGGGUGACGGAGAGAGAGAGGGAGACACCCAGAGAGAGGCCAAGGGAGCGUGACCCAGGGAGGGCCCCUCUUCGAAGUCCUCUAACUGUGUCAGUAGAAGACCCUCCUCCUGCUCCUCCUCCUAUUUCAGUUCCAUCCUUCCCCUCCUCCUCCUCCACCUCUGUGUUUUCUCCUCCCACCUCGGACCGAUGGACACCUGAGAGGUCACGUCCUCGAGCCUCUGCCCCCCAUAGGAAUGCCCGGAUCCCCCCUCGCACCGACCUGCCACCGGACACUCAGCCGCCAUUUGUGUGGAGGAGAGGAGAACUAACAGAGUGCUCUGCCUCCUGUGGCAAAGGGUCUCAGAACAGAGUAAUUCUGUGUAUAAACCGCCACACAGACGAAGAAGUCCCGGAGGCCAAAUGUGACUCUGCAGCCAGGCCACCUCCUGAGGAUCAACCUUGUAACACUCAUGCAUGCCCACCCUUCUGGGAAGCGAGUUCCUGGUCAGAGUGCAGUGUGUCGUGUGGCCCCGGGGUGCAGCAGAGACAGCUGCAGUGCAGGCAGAGCUUUGGGGACCGCUCCACCAUGGUCCACCCGCAGCGCUGUGCCAACCUCACCCCACCCGACUCCACACAGGCCUGUCAGCUCGGUCUCUGCUCCCACUGGGAGGUCAGAUCCGACUGGACCACGUGCUCAGUGGACUGUGGAGUUGGGAGGAGGACAAGGAGUGUGCACUGCAUCAGCGAUCAAGGCAACGAGGUGAACGAAAAAGAGUGCAGCUCCCGGGCUCGCCCACAAGGAAGUGAGGAGUGCAACAUGGGCCCCUGUGUAACAAACUGGUACUUCACGGACUGGUCCAACACUUGUUCAGCGCUGUGUGGUCCCGGGGUGCAGAAGAGGGAGGUGGUGUGUCUGACUCGAGGAGGGGUCAGAGAAGGAGAUGGAGGAGGGGACUGUGUUGGGGACAAACCAGCAGAGAUGAAGGCCUGCAACGGGGGUCCCUGUUUGCCAAUAACCAUUUGGUACAGCAGCCCCUGGUCACAGUGUAAUGUCCCCUGUGGUAAUGGAUCUCAGCGGCGAGACAUCAUUUGUGUCCAGAAGAUGGGGAAUGAUUUUACUGUUGUACCGGGCAGUGAGUGCGCUCAUCUGGACAAGCCUGCUGCCGUCCAAGAGUGUGAGAUGGGAGAGUGUGAGCCUCUGUGGUUCACAACAGAGUGGAGCGCGUGCUCACGCUCUUGUGGAAAAGGCUUACAAAUGAGGGAAGUACGGUGUCUGACGCCAGACAAAAAGCACAGCCAUGAAUGUGAUUUGGACAUCAAACCUGAACGGGAGCAAAUCUGCAACACAAUACCCUGCAGCCCACAAGUCUCAGAUGAAAACUGCCGGGACAGACGUCACAACUGUAUGAUGGUGGUUCAGGCCAGGAUGUGUGUCUAUUCCUAUUACAAGACUGCCUGCUGUGCCUCGUGUACCCACAGUGCUCAGCGUGCCAAGAGGCAAUGACCAGCCAAUCACAGGCAGCCCAGGUUUGCAAGAAGUCAAGGAUUAGGUCAGAAGAGCUGAAAUAAGAAGUCUGAAGAAAUUGAAAGCCAAGAGGGGAAAUAAUCUGUGUUGGUCGAAGAUAAAAAAAUUGCAAUUUUCUCCUGAUUCUUCAGGUAAAACACUGUGAAAGCAGCCGGUUCACUUUUCCAGUUCUCUGUACACGAUUCAUAUUGCCUAUUUAGAACCACAUAUUCCACUGAGAUCACAUCUGUUCACUUUGUGCGUUAGCUUUGACAGGUUUAUUAUGCGUCACACCGUGCUGAAAGAUGCACUUGCAGUGAUUUUCAACUCUUGGAGGCUUAUUUCUAAAGCUGAGAGGUUUUAAUGGAAGGUGCUCGCUGAGGACACCGCUGCGUUUGAACAGCAAAUCAAGCCUUUUUUUUUAGGAUUUUCUUUUAACGAGAGGAUCUUAAAACAGAUGUAUUUAGACAUGCAUACCACUAAUUAUGAAAAGAAACGUGCUGAACAAAUAAUGUGUGCUAGAUAAACUGUGUAUACUACGUGUGCUGAAGAUCUACUGGAAUGGAUCUACUGUGUACACUGCAGAACCCCAACUAAGCUAGAAGGAUUGUAUUAACUUGUCGUAUGUGUUUUUCUGUUUGCCAAAAAUAUUUCCUCAUGCGUCCUCUUAUUGUUCAGUAUUUGGACAGAUAAACCAAAGGAGUGGGGUGAUCAUGGCAGUAAGUGACCAAAUAUAUCAGAGGGAAAAGAAGUGAGAUUUUUCCCCAAGGUUUUUAAGACAUGGAGCUUAAACAAGCAGCACUGACAUGGUACAGUCCUUUAAUGUAUUCAUGUCAGUGGCAUAAACAUGUAGUCUUUAUUGAGUAAGAAAGCUGUUGGAGUUGUGUAGAAAUCCACAGCUAAGGUGUGAAAGACUCAAAGCUGCAGAUAUGUGUUAACUAAACAAUGCUCACUAAAUAUCAGACAAAAAUAAGAAAUAAUCAUAUUGAUGGGAUGGUUGUUAUUUCAUACUUUCUCGUGUCAACAAUGAAAAAGAACAUGUGUUUAUCUUCAAAAACAGCCCACAUAUCAUUUGUUUUUUAUUGAAAUGCUGAGAAGAUAGUGCACUUGUCAGCAACUAUUUAUGCUGCGGAUUAACGCUCAUGCUUUUAUGAGUUAUAAAAAAACAAACAAUGUAGCUCCAUGGCACAAAAUGCUAAGCUAAUUGAAGCUGCUCGGCAAUACAUGUUUUUUCCAUGGGAUUUUUGACAAUAGGAAUAUUAUAGAAGAUCAAGUUUGGAGUGGUACAUUGUACACUCCAAACUGACCUAGUUUUGCAUUUAAGUGAUCAAAAACAUUUAUAUGUCCCUCCUGUUUCCUAACCUCAUCUCAAUAUAUUUUCUUUUUGCAUCCAUCAUCGUCUUCCUAGGAGGGACUGAUGAAUCUGUCCUAUGAGAGAAGGUGAAAACAGAAUUAGGAAACCUCAUGUCAACUGCUUUCUAAUAUAGUCUUUUAAUAAUGUAGAUCAUGAUACGGAUCGAAUGCAAUCAUUCUCCUUUCACCAGGAAGUAAAUGUUCUGCUUUGUGAGGUGGCAACCUCUGAAUGUGUGUGUAAGUACUCUUUAUCCUUUUCUCUUAUUUUUCUCUUUCGUAGAAGACGUACACACACAUCAAGGCGAGGAGUCUGUACAUUUGUCAGAUAUGUUUUAAUGUCUAUCAUUUCUUUUAACAUAGUUGGCGCUUAUGUUUUAUAACUGAGUAGAGUUAUCAGAAGUGUUGUUUGUAGACUGCAUUUAUUCACAUCUUACUGUUUAUAUAACUAUUUUGCAUUUGACAUGAGAAUCGUUUUUGAGAGUAUUGGAUGUUUGGAUGUGUCCGUGUGUGUGUGUUCAUGUAUGCGUGUGUGUAUGGUUGUGUGUUUGGCGAUUGUGGCUUUGAAUGUGUCAUUCUUGUCUCUAAUCCCUUAUAGUAAAAAAUACUUUUUUUAUAAAAACAAAAAAAGAUAGUAAUUUAUCUAUUAUCUAAAGAACAUGUAAUUUAUUUUUUGGGUUUAAGAAGCUAUAGAAAAAGUUCUUUGUUACUACUACCAGAGUUUAUAAGAUUGUUAAUGUUGAUACACAGACUUUUUUUAUCAUGCAAAAACAGAAAACAGUGUGAAUUCAUAUCUUUAAAGCUUCAUUUUAAAUAAAACAACACAGAAAUUAA